CGCGGCGUUGUUUGACAGUAGCCGACUUCGUGGUAGCGGCCACACAAAAACUUCACCGAUUGGGAAAAAAUCGUCAGCAGUUAAAAACUCAGGAGCUUGUAGAAUUAUUUUAUUUAUCAUAUCUUAAGUUAAUAGAAGACCUGCAAAUUUAUAGACUAAUAAAAUGGGGCUGGGGGAGAUAUUGCAGUUUGAUGAAAUGCUGCGCGAUUUCAACAGAAUGAACAAACGGCAGUCAUUAUAUCAAAUACUAAGUUUCGCGAUGAUCGUUUCAUCCGCCUUGAUGAUCUGGAAGGGAUUAAUGGUAGUGACUGGUAGUGAAUCGCCGAUUGUGGUGGUGCUCAGUGGUAGUAUGGAGCCGGCUUUCCAUCGUGGAGAUUUGCUAUUCCUUACCAACUAUAAGGAGGAACCAGUGCGUGUUGGAGAAAUUGUUGUGUUCAAAGUGGAGGGAAGGGAUAUACCUAUAGUGCAUCGCGUCAUUAAGCUGCAUGAGAAAGAAGACGGUUCAGUGAAAUUCCUCACCAAGGGUGACAACAACAACGUCGAUGAUCGGGGUCUUUACGCUCCAGGUCAACUCUGGCUAACGAAAAAGGACAUUGUUGGGCGGGCUAGAGGGUUCUUACCUUAUGUGGGCAUAAUAACGAUAUUUAUGAAUGAGUAUCCCAAAGUGAAGUGGGCAAUAUUAUCGAUUUUAGCUAUCUUUGUACUGUUACAUCGCGAAUAAUAUCCAGCCACAAUUCACACAAUUAGCUAUAAGCAAAAGCGUACACUACCAGAAAGCCAAUCUAUCAAUAAUUCGAAAAACGUAAAUAGCAAUUACAAUUGCAAUCAAAAUAUCAUCAACAACAACAUCAACACGAAAAACAGUAAUCGCAAGAGAAUUGUUAGAAUAAACAAGUAAAGUAAAAAUAACUCGGAAUACAAAAUAAAUGGAAUACAUUUAACUGGUGAAAACUAUAUUGUUAGAAAAAUUUAAAUGCCUGCUUUUGGUCAACAACUAAAAUCAUUUGGCUUUGAUGUAGUUUCAUUUAUGCCAUUUAAAUAUUUUGCGCAUUCAAAUAUUCCAAUAGUAUAAAAUAUGUGUAUUUGGGUUACUCGGGUUUUCCAGAAUUUUUUUAGCAAACAAAAAACAAGAAUAAAGCAUUUUAACUUAUUAUCUAAGCAUAUUAAAAAACAAUUUAGAAAUAAUUAAAUAGCUUGGAGCUUAUUUACUUGAAAUUGUAGUAAUUUACUGGCAAAAGAAAUCGAAUAUGUACAUACAUAAAAUUCUAAAAUCAGUAGUUUAUGCAAUAAUCAAGCCAAAGUCAUUUUCAUUAUUUUGCUUUAUUGGUUUUUUUUUUUUUUGUAUUUGUUAAUGACAUUGGCGCGCUUGCUUCCAUUUCAAUGUACUGUUCACAUUUAAAUUUCGUACACAAAAAAGUUCGAUAAGAAAAUAAAAUUGGCAUACGAUUUGUA